AUGUCCCUUACUUCAGGCCCUGGGCCCGGGUGGUUACUCUUUUCCUUUGGAAUGGGACUGGUAUCAGGCUCAAAGUGUCCAAAUAAUUGCCAGUGUCAAGCCCAGGAAGUGAUCUGCACAGGGCUACAGUUAACUGAAUACCCCUCUGACAUACCCCUGAACACCCGGAGGCUGUACCUGAAUAAUAACAGCAUCCGUUUUUUGCCAGCGAUGAAUCUAGGACUCCUCAGUGACCUUGUUUAUUUGGACUGUCGGAAUAACCUGAUUCAGGAGGUGAUGGAUUAUACCUUCGUCGGGGUCUUCAGACUCAUCUACCUUGAUCUCAGCUUCAACAAUCUAACCUUGAUCUCCCCAUACAGUUUCUCCGUGCUCAGCAACCUGGUGCAGCUGAAUAUCUCCAACAACCCUCAUCUGUUAUCACUUAAUAAGUACACUUUUGCCAACACCAGCUCGUUGAGAUACCUGGACCUCAGAAAUACCGGCUUGCAGACCUUGGACCAUGCUGCUUUCCAAAACCUCAUAACACUCCAGACCCUGUAUCUGAGUGGAAACCCUUGGAAAUGCAACUGCUCUUUCCUGGACUUCACCAUCUACUUAAUAGUGUCCCAUCUGAACCAUCCAGAUGAACUAAACGCCACGUGUGUGGAGCCCACGGAGUUGGUAGGGUGGCCCAUCACGCAGGUGGGGAACCCACUCCGGUACAUGUGCAUCACACACCUGGAUCGCCAAGACUACAUCUUCCUGCUGCUCAUCGGCUUCUGCAUCUUCUCCGCGGGCACCGUGGCCGCCUGGCUGACCGGCGUGUGCGCCGUGCUCUACCAGAACGCCCGCCGCAAGUCCAGCGAGGACGAGGCUGAGGACGAGCACGGGCAGAGAGUAGAAGUCAGCAGGCGGAUUUUCCAAAGAGCGGUGGACUCAGGCCACGAUGGGUUCCCUCAGCUGAUUUAG